UUGGAGGGAGGAAGGAAGAUGGUUCUUUCCAUUUGGCAGAGAACCAUCAUGGCAAAAUUCUACCAUCUCUUCCUUUUGGCCAUUUUAGUGGUAAUCAUACCUACAUUAGUCCAUGCUAAUGUCAAAGAGCAAGAUUCAUAUUGGGAUAAUAUAUUUCCUUUUAUUAAUGAUACAUAUUGGCGGGAAAAAUCAGCAGAAGCUGAAAAGGCAAAUAAUAUAGCUUAUACACCAGAUCCAUAUGCAGUUUCUGAAAAUAUGACUUCUACCGUUAGCGAGAUGAUAAUUGGCGGCAAUACAGUAAGAAGGAAUCUAGGGGAAGAAAAACUAGGAAGAGGACGUCCAUGUGUGGCUACAAACCCCAUUGAUAGGUGUUGGAGGUGCGAUCCUAAUUGGAAUACUAACCGCAAGAAGCUGGCAGAUUGUGUGCAAGGUUUUGGUAGGAAUACUAUUGGUGGAAAAGACGGACCUAUCUAUGUGGUAACUGAUCCCUCAGAUGAUGACAUGCAAAAUCCCCGUCCUGGUACCCUUCGAUAUGCAGUUACAAGAAAUAGACCUUUAUGGAUCAUCUUUGCUCAUAGCAUGGUCAUUAGGCUCAACCAGGAACUCAUAAUGACAAGUGAUAAGACCAUUGAUGGACGAGGAUCUAAUGUUAUCAUUGCUAGAGGUGCUGGUAUUACUAUCCAAUUCAUAAGGAAUGUGAUCAUCCACGGAAUCAAAAUUUUUGACAUUCAGGUUGGUAGUGGGGGACUUAUAAGAGAUGCUGAAAACCAUUUUGGUCUAAGGACUAAGAGUGAUGGUGAUGGAAUUUCAAUUUUUGGUUCCAGCAAUGUUUGGAUUGACCAUGUUUCCAUGAGAAAUUGCAAAGAUGGGCUCAUUGAUGUCAUUAUGGGAUCUACUGCUAUUACCAUUUCCAAUUGCCAUUUCACAGAUCACAACGAGGUGAUGUUGUUUGGUGCAAGUGAUGGUUAUGAUGGUGAUAAGAAAAUGCAGAUUACACUUGCAUUCAACCACUUUGGUAAGAGAUUAAUCCAAAGGAUGCCAAGAUGUAGAUUUGGUUUUAUUCAUGUGCUUAACAAUGACUACACUCACUGGGAAAUGUAUGCCAUUGGUGGUAGCCAACAUCCUACCAUUAUAAGUGAGGGUAACCGAUUCAUAGCACCUAAUAACCCCAAUGCUAAAGAGAUAACAAAGAGGGGCUACGCACCCGAGUCGGAGUGGAAAAAUUGGCAAUGGAGAUCAAUCAAUGAUGUCUAUAUGAAUGGAGCAUUUUUCAGACAAGGAGGAUCCGCACUGACUAAUAGACUAUUCUCAAAAAAGGACAUGAUCAAAUCUAGACCUGGAACUUAUGUGGGAAGGCUUACUCGUUAUUCUGGAAGCCUUAGAUGCAGAGCAGGGCGACCUUGUUAGUAUUUAAAUUUCCCUUCCUGAAGUUGAAGAUCAUUAAACAUUAACAUUAGUUAUAGCAGACAAGAAUAAAAAAUCGUUUC